AUGCGUUUCACACUCGCAACCCUCGCAGCAGCACUCCCGUUCAUCCAAGCCGGAACCAUCCUCUGGGACGGCCGCUUCAACGACUUCACCUCCUCUGCCGAUCUCAACAAUUGGUCCUGGAGCAACGAAGUCGGACCCUACCAAUACUACAUCCAUGGCUCCUCCAACGUAACCUCCUACAUCAACCUCUCGCCCAGCUACAAGAACCCCGCCGACCUUGGCUCCACGCAAGGCGCGAAAUUCACGCUCGACGACACGGCGUACUGGAACGGACAGACGAUGCGGCGCACGGAGCUGAUCCCGCAGACCACUGCGGCUAUUAACAGUGGCCUGGUGUGGUACCAUUUCAGCAUCAAAAGGAGUGCGACGAAUGCGCCGAGCGUGUAUCGCGAGCAUCAGAUAUGCUUCUUCGAGAGCCAUUUUACGGAGUUGAAGGCCGGGUGGAUUAGUGGGGAGGCGGGGACGGAGGAUACGGCGCUUAGGUGGGAUGUGGGGGGGACGAGUCAGUGGAGUGUGGUGUGGGAGGCGGAUGUUUGGCAUAAUGUUGCGUAUGAGAUUGACUUCUCAGCCAACACAGUAGCUUUCUGGCACUCCACCGGAUCCUCCGACUUAACACUUACAGUACCCGCCGUCUCGGCUUCAACGUCCUCCAAUGGCGAGGACUGGCAUCUAGGGGUUCUCGAACUCCCUGUAACAGGGCAGGCGGAUACCGAUGAGGAUAUUUACUUUAGCGGUGUAUAUGUCGAGUCUGGAUCCCUUGAUACUUCGGUCAAUAGCCCGGGAGGAGGCGCUGCAGGUUCUUCUUCAGCUUCAGCUUCGGCUUCGGCUUCGCCUACUACACUUGUUAGUUCUGUUAGUAGCAGUACCGCCGCUGCGCCGACGACAACGGGAGGGUCGCUGACUAAGUACACGCAAUGCGGUGGUACGGGGUGGACGGGUAGCGGGGCUUGUGUUGCGGGGACGACGUGUACGGUUUCGAGCGCGUAUUAUUCUCAGUGUUUGUAA